UCCAUUAAUUACUUUCUUUCAUUCUGUAGUUUGAGUCUCAGAGCAAAACUCGAGCAAGUCCACAGCACCAACAGCGAGGUGGGCCAGGGGGUCCAGGUGGCCACCCUGGCGGUCCAGGUGGUCCAGGUGGCCCAAGAAUGCCACCUCCUGGCCGUGGCAUGCCUCCCCCAGGAAUGGACCAUAGACCACCAGGUCCACCUGGCCCCCAUGGCCCUCAUAGUGGCUCUCAUGGUGGGCCUCAUGGUGGUCCACAUGGUCCUCAUGGACCUCCAGGACCACAUGGUCCUCCUGGGCCUCAUGGUCCCCCUGGUCCCCAUGGACCUCACAGUGGACAUCAUGGUGGUCCGCCAGGCCCACACGGACCACCUGGUCUGGGGCCGCACCACGGGCCACACCAAGGACCUCCUCGUGGACCUCCCCCUCAUGGCAUGCAAGGCCCUGGACCCAGAGGUCCUCCUCCUCCAGGCCACCUUCAAAGACCUUUACAUCCUGGUGGACCUGGUGGGCCUCCACCUGGCCAUGGUGGCCCACCUCCCCGUGGACCACCACCAAAUAUGGGACCUCCCCCGGGUCAACAUGGACCCCCACCACCACGUGGCCCUCCUCCACCCAUUGACCCAAGGGCUCCGCCACCCAGACCGGACUUUAUAGGUGGCUUCCCGGCCACGAGCAGCCCCCCCUCGGUUCCCCACAACCUGGCUCUCCCUGCGAGGCCUCCCAUCACGCAAGGUACCCCCACCACAGACAUAUAUGGCAAUGGUCCUCCACCUCAUGGAGCUCCCCCUCCACAUGGUCCUCCCCCUCAUGGAGGUGGACCUCCAGCUCCACAUGUCAACCCAGCCUUCUUCCCCCCACAUAGUGCUCCUCCCCCUGCAGCAGCUGCUCCACCAGCACACUAUGCUCCUCCUCCACCUCCACAUCAGCAUGGAUUUACUGGAGGAGAUCAUCGCAUUGAUGGUCCUCCUCCACUCUCAGAAGCUGAGUUUGAAGACAUAAUGAACCGCAAUAGAACAGUUUCAAGCUCAGCGAUUGCAAGAGCUGUUGCAGAUGCAUCUUCAGGUGAAUAUGCCAGUGCAAUUGAAACUCUUGUGACUGCCAUAUCUCUGAUCAAACAGUCGAAAGUCGCACACGACGACCGCUGUAAAAUCCUGACAAGUUCUUUACAGGACACACUACAUGGCAUCGAAGCCAAAAGUUAUGGCUCCAGCAAACGACGUGAGAGAUCACGCUCCCCAAGCAGAAGACACGUCGGAAAGAUCGCGCUCAAGAGAGAAGAAUACAGGGACCGCUCUCGAUCGUCAAGACCUUUUAUAAGGAUUUUCAAGUGUAAGGGAAAGCAGCUUUUUAAUAUCUCCACAUGCUGUCAUAAGUACGCUAUUUUGUUGUUGCUUAGCAGUUUUGCACAGUUUGUAAUUGCAUACAGUAUGUUGAUAAAAUAUUAUGAUGAGCGUUACCGUGAGCGGGAUGCUAGAAGAGAACGGAUCGAAGAACGGCCAACACGUGAGCGCAUCGAGGAACGCAGCACGAGGGAGGAUGUGCGGGAGCCGGUGCGAGAGCAAUUGAGAGAUCUGUGUGGUUAUGAAUGUGGAACAAUUGUACGACAAAUAGCCAAUGUUCAGUUUCAAUAA